CAGAGAAGGAAGGGAGGAAGGAAGGAAAGCGGCCUGGAUCCUGCAUCCCUCUCCAUCUCUGGCCAAGAGGCAAACCAAAAAAAGGAACGAGCUGGAGAGAGAAAAGCUUGGCCUGGGUUCGAGCCAUGCCUCCAAACCGUGGCUGCUGGUUAGAGUCGAUCAUAUCGAUGCUGGAAAUGGAGGAGGAUCUGACUCAGCUGGAAGGAGCCUCUUAAGAGUAGGCAUUCUCUUUGCCUUUCUUCCCUGGGCAUUUUUGUGUUUGUUUUCCUGACCCCAAAGCUUAGCUCUGCCCUCCUUUGGCACCACUAACUCCAUUCCAAAGAGGCACAAAAAGGCAUUGGGUUGGUGCUCGGCGUGGGAUGCCAACCGUGGGCGUCGGCCGAGGCGCCUCCCUUCGCCAAGCAACGAGGAGGAGGAGGAGGAAGGAGGAGGAAGAGAAGGAGGAGGAGGAAGAGGAGGAGGAGGAGAGAAGAAGCCGGCCUCUGAGGUUGGGAAAGCCGGGUUGGUGCUCCUGAGCCGGCGAGAACCGGAACGUGGGCGCCGCCUCUCCGAAAAGCAAUCUCUCCAAACACCUCUCCAUCCUUUCGCCAAGGACGAUUUAGGCCGGGGGAGGGGGACACAAAGGGAGACAGAACCCCUCUCUCUUUGUGUGUGCAUUUUGGGGGGGCUGCUUCAAACCUUUUCUUGUCUCCAAGGAAGAGAAAGCAGAGAGAGAAAGCAGAGAGAGAGCCGUGCGCCCUUGCUGAUUUUACGCGACUCCUUUUUACGCGACUCCUUUUUGCGCCUUUGUGCGCCUCGCCUUUUCCUCUCCCAAUCUGACACCCUCCGAUUCGGAUUAUCGGGAAGACCCGUUGCCAUUAGAACCUCCCAUGCCUUGGCAUUUUUUAAAAAAAAACCCGCUUUUAGUCUUGUCCUAACCGCUUUUGCCGGCUUUCCACGCCCUGGAAAGGGAAGGAGGAAUCCCUUCCUUCUUUCGCCUCCUCCAUGCGCCUUUUUGUUGUCUGCUGAUUGCCAAGCUUUUCCUCGGAUUCUCUGAAGGGUUUCCCUUCCCAUAUUUGCACCCUUGGGUUGCUCCAGUUUGGGCGAGGCUUUCCUCCAAAUCCGUCUUCCCUUUUUGGCACAGUUUGGCAUUGCUGAAGCCUCAAAGACAGCUCCUGAUUAUUCCCACCUUCGGAUUCUUAUUCCCACCUUCUGAUUCUUAUUUCCACCUUCUGAUUCUUAUCCCCACCUUCUGGUUCUCAUUUCUCCUUGGAGACUCCUCUGGGCAACCCUGGCGCCUCCCGAACUGGACCCUCGCCCUUUUGCCGCCCUAUGGUAGCCUGGGCAAGGGCUCGGACGUGGCAAAAGCAUGGGCGGCAGGGCUGUCGCAAGAGGAAGGCUAAGGAGAGGAAAGGAGAGAAACUGAACGCCUCCCAUGGGUCCCAGGAGCUGUGGAAUAAGGGCCCCCUUCUGACGGCACCAUGGAGCGCCUGCUGCUGCUGUGCCUCUUGGUGCUCCUCAGCAGUUUGCUGGCCCGAUCCCAGGUUUGCCCCAAGCGCUGCAUGUGCCAGAACCUCUCUCCGUCCCUGGCCAUCCUUUGCACCAAGACGGGCCUCCUCUUCGUGCCCACCGUCAUCGACCGGCGCACAGUGGAGCUGCGCCUGACGGACAACUUCAUCACUGUCAUCCGCCGCAAGGACUUCUCCAACAUGACCAGCUUGGUCCACCUCACUCUGUCCCGCAACACCAUCAGCCAGAUCCUGCCCUACGCCUUCGCCGACCUGCGGGGCUUACGGGCCCUCCACUUGGACAACAACCGCCUCCUCCUGAUCGGCCCCGACCAGCUCAAAGGCUUGCCCAACCUGCGCCACCUCAUCCUCAGCAACAACCAGCUGCAGGACAUCUCCCCUGGAGCCUUCGAUGACUUUGCGGCCACCUUGGAGGAUCUGGACCUCUCCUACAACAACCUGGUGCAGGUGCCUUGGGACACCAUCCGCCGCCUCAACAACGUCAACUCCCUCAACCUCGACCACAACUUGAUUGAUUACGUCCCCGAAGGGGUCUUCACCAACCUCCUCAAGCUGGCCCGCUUGGACAUGACCUCCAACAAGCUCAAGAAGAUCCCGCCGGAUCCUCUUUUCCUCCGGAUCCCUGUCUACGCCAAGUCGAAAGGUUCCCCGCUCUCCUCCUUGGUCCUCAGCUUUGGGGGGAACCCAUUGCAUUGCAAUUGCGAGUUGUUGUGGUUGCGGAGGCUCACCCGAGAGGAUGACUUGGAGACCUGCGCUUCUCCUCCAGACCUUCUUGGGAAAUACUUUUGGACCAUACCUGAGGAGGAGUUUAUAUGUGAGACUCCAUUCAUCACCCGUCACACGGGGCCUUUGGUGGUGACGGAAGGAGAAGGGGCCGUCCUCCGUUGCCGUGGGGUGGGCGACCCAGAGCCUUCCAUCCAUUGGGUCUCCAGGGAGGGCAAGGUCAUCGCCAACACCUCCCGGACCAUCUCCUACGACAACGGCACGCUGGAGAUUCUCAUUGCCACUGUCCAGGACAAUGGGAACUUCACCUGUAUCGCUUCCAACGCCGCUGGAGAAGCCACCACCACUGUUGAGUUGGUGGUCAACCCGUUGCCUCAACUCUCUAACGGCACAGGGUCCAAGCUGCCCGAGGCCGCGGGGCCCUCCGACAUCCUCACCUCGGCCAAAGCCGCUCUCCCCAUCGGUGCCAAUGAAACGGGGGCCUCUCCGGACAAAGGAGUGGUGGCUUCCGAAGUCACCUCUUCCUCGGUGCUCAUCCGGUGGUACCCUCCGUGGCACGUCCCCGGCAUCCGGAUGUACCAGAUCCAAUACAACAGUUCCUCCGACGACAUCUUGGUCUAUAGGAUGAUCCCUCCGAGUAGCAAAGCCUUCUUGCUAAAGGACCUGGCUUCCGGCCGCGACUACAACCUGUGCGUCUUGUCUGUUUACGAUGAUGGCGUCACUGCCCUGACGGCCACCCGGAGCCUCGGCUGUGCCCAGUUCAGCACCCCGCAGGACGGCUUGCAGUGCCACUCGCUCCAGACCCAGUUCCUGGGCGGCACCAUGAUCAUCAUCAUCGGGGGCAUCAUCGUGGCCUCCGUCCUGGUCUUCAUUAUCAUCCUCAUGAUCCGCUACAAGGUCUACAGCGGCCAGGACGAGCAGAAGAAGGCCAAGGUCAGCAACGUCUACUCGCAGACCAACGGCAACCAGCCGGCCUCCUCGUCCUCCGCCGUGCCCUGCUCGGUUUCCAAGCCCGAAGGUUGGGCUGGGGACGGGUCCGCGGCCGUGAGGAUCCUCAGGGACUGCAGCGUGGUGGCCCUCAGCAGCAAGGACUGUGAGAAGGGGCCCUGGGCUCCAGGGCCUGAGAUGGGGCCCGAAGAGGCACCCUCUCCCCGAAGGAGGAGGAGGUGGUCGCGGACUAAUGUCGACCUCCAUAACACUUGCCCUGGCUCCGGCCCAGAGACCUCCAGAGCAGAAGAGCAAGAUCCUCCACCGAUGCCUCCUGCUGGCGAGAGGAAGAACGGCAGCGAAUGGACCGACGUCAAGAUCUGAGCUCCCUUGAGGGGCCCACGGUGGGACCCCGGCAUGGCACGAAGGGAAUCCCGAGAUUGGUGUGUCUGCAAACAUCCCCUCCUGCACCUCCUUCUGGUUUCCUGGCCCUGCACUUUGGUGGGUCGAAAGCAGGACCCCCAAACGUCCCAAUCGGUGUCGGAUCGGGUCCCCCUGCAAGGGUUGUGGCAGGGUUGCCAGGAGGGGACAAAGCAGGAGGAUGGAAGGUCAAAUCUCCGGGCUCCACACCUUUCUUCGGUUCUUCUUCCGCCAUGGUUCUUCUGCCCAUCCCCAGCGGAUCCUCGUUCACGACUCUUGUACGAAAGUGGGUCGGGGUCUCCAUGCCGGACGAGGGGAGGGGUCCCGUCCGGCUCGCACGAUUCCCGUUGGCACCACCGUUUCUACUGGACUCACUCGCGGGCCUCUCUCUCUCUUCCUCUCUUUUUCUUUUCUACAGAGCUCUUCUUUCUGUUUUUCUAAACCAAGUCUGCAAUUUUUUCUAAUAAAGGGAGUUGGAAACAA